GAUUGGCCCGUCAGCUCUCAAGUCAGGCCGACACUCUUGCCCCCAUGGUCGAGGGCUCCCUGGGUCGCAUGGUGAGUUCCGAGGCAUCAGCCAGUCACGCUCCUGCCGAGAUAGCACCUGUCGCUGCCGGCCCAGUUUCAAUCGGCGCCUCGGCUUCGGGGCUCGAGCCCCCUCGCGAAGCUGAGGUCCGGAGGCUGGAGCAGUCUGCCGAGAGGCGAGUGGCGCCCAGGCUGACGCCCGCCGAAGAUCUAGGCCCCCACCUGACCUACUUGGAGGAGUCCGAGGACGACUGGCAAGACGAGUCAGAAAGCAUAAUGGUGGCGCUACAGAUAAUCACGUCCAUGAGAUGGAAGCUCCAGGUGGCCGACGCGAAGAACGCUUUCUGUCAGAGUGACCGCCUCCGUAGGCCUCGGGGGGGCAUCUACGUGGAGCCCUGUCACGGGCUUACCUUGGGUUCUGAUCAACUUAUCGAGCUGGUGGCCCCGGUACACGGCCUCAAUGACGCCCCUCUGUUGUGGCACCGGACCCUGACUGACUGGCUGUCAACUCAGGGCUUCACGAAGUCUUUGCUGGAGCCAUGCCUGUGGCUUAAGCGUGGCGAGCACGGGCGCUUAGAAGCUUUGGUUUUAAUUGAGGUCGACGAACUCAUCAUCGCCGGCGACGAUCGGAUCAUGGAUCCUUUGCGUCAGGCGAUGUGCCAGCGUUUUCAGUUCGGAAAGUGGAAGUUGGGUGAGUCUGAGUAUGCAGGUCGUCGAGUGGUCCAGCACGGGGACCGCAUUACGGUUGACCAAGAAAAAUAUACUAGGGAACAGCUUAGUGUUAUGCAGCUCACUAGGGAGAGAAAGUCCACCCCCGACUCUCCCCUCACCCCCGACGAGAUUUCGGCGUACCGCACUGUGGCGGCACAAGUGCAAUGGCUGGCUCGUGAAAGCCGCCCGGAUGUUGCUGGGAGUGCGUUUCUCCUGGCCGCCGCUUUGCCUGCCCCGUCUGUGUCGGACGCCCUGACGCUUGCCAAGGUGUGUAAGUACCUAAAGGGAUCGUGCGAGCAGAAGUUAACCAUUUGGUCACUAGACCCCUACUCUCUCACUUUUGCCACUGCAAGUGAUUCGGGUGGACCAGGGACCGCGCGUCGAGGAGGAGCCCAGGGUGCCUGGAUCGUGAUGGCGGCUGACGCCGGCAUCAGGGAAAAUCGUCGUUCGAAGGUUAGCACUCUGUCAUGGCGCUCUCGGCGCAUCAAACGGGCUGUCGCCAGCACCGUGGCCGCCGAGACCCUUGCUCUGUCCUCGGCCACGGGCGAGGCCCAAUGGCUUCAGAUCCUCUUUCGAGACGCAGUCUUCAACGAUGUGUCCCGCCCCGAUCGGUUUGAUGGGCAGGCCCCUUUCACUGUCGUCAUGUCUAAGGAUUGCAAGUUGAGCGAGGCUGCCUCGGGCCUAGCAGUAGUGGAUGCAAAAUCGGUUUUCGACACACUGUCUCGGAAUUCGGCCGGCUCGAAGGCCGACCGCCGCAAUGCUAUUGAAUUGGCCGUCGUUCGUGACGCUCUCAGUGCUAUUGGCUCGCAAGUGCGGUGGAUGCCGCACGCGAGGAUGCCUGCAGACCCGUUGACAAAACCCUUGAGUUAG